CAGGAAGCUCUGAAACCGCUACGUUUGCAGAAACGAUGAGGAACCGUGGAUGGGUAGAAAAAAAGCUGCCCGGUUAACCUUUGAACCGUCUUCCUUUGUCCUCACGAGAAGUCACAAAACGAGUCGUCGUAUAAUUUCACGGAUGACCGUCCAAACGGUAAUCCAAAGCUCCCACCAAGAAAGAAGGCACCCACACCAUGUCCUCGGUCUACUUCAACCCUGGAUCAGAUUCAGGUGUGAAUGGAAAUGUUGCAAAGAUGGAGGAUGCCAAAGUGGAGAUUGAUGAUGGGAAGGAUGAGCAUGUGGUACCAGAUACAAUGUACCACAACAUUAGGAAAAAGAUCACUCCAAUUGUCAUGUCUUUCGGGUUUCGUGUCUUUGGAGUGGUUCUGAUCAUCGUGGAUAUUGUGCUUGUGAUCGUGGACCUCUCGCUGCCGGCCAAGAGCAGAGAUGUUGGAAAUGCCUUGGAGGCUGUGUCCCUCACCAUCUCCUUCUUCUUCCUUGCCGAUGUUCUCCUGCGAGUCUAUGUGGAAGGGUUCAAAGUGUACUUCAGCUCCAAGCUGAAUAUCAUCGACGCCUGUGUUGUGGCUGUGACGCUGGUGGUCACCAUGAUCUACACCUUCACCGACCUGUCAGGCGCCAGCCUCAUCCCCAGGGUGGUAAAUUUCCUGCGCUUCCUGAGGAUAAUAAUCCUGGUGAGGAUUUUCCGUCUUGCCGCGCAGAAGAAGGAGUUGGAGAAAGUGACCAGGAGGAUGGUUUCUGAAAACAAGCGGCGUUAUCAGAAGGACGGCUUUGACCUUGAUCUCACAUAUGUUACAGAUCGUGUCAUUGCCAUGUCUUUUCCUUCAUCUGGUAAACAGUCCUUCUACAGGAAUCCAAUCAAGGAGGUGGCCAGGUUCCUCGACACUAAGCAUGACGGCCACUAUAAAGUUUACAACCUUUGCAGUGAAAAAGGAUACGAUCCUCAGUUCUUCCACUACAGGGUUGAACGGGUGUUCAUCGACGACCACAACGUUCCCUCUCUGGAGGACAUGCUGAAAUACACGGCCAACGUGAGGGAGUGGAUGUCUGCUGAUCCACAAAACGUCAUUGCUAUUCACUGUAAAGGAGGAAAAGGACGCACAGGUACGAUGAUAUGCACCUGGCUUAUUGACAGCGACCAGUUCGAGAGUGCACAGGACAGUCUGGAUUACUUUGGUGAGAGGAGGACAGACAAGAGUCGGAGCUCCAAGUUCCAGGGAGUGGAGACACCCUCACAGAGUCGCUACGUGGGCUACUAUGAGAUCAUGAAGAACAAGUUCAACAGACAGAUGCCUCCGCCGAAAAGCCUCAGGAUCAAGAGCAUCCGCAUCAACUCCAUAGCAGGGGUGGGUAAAGGGAACGGCAGCGACCUCAAAGUGAAGAUAAUUGUGAAGAAAGAGCUGGUGUUUCAGUGCGUGUGCGCCAAACAGGACAACUGCACAGUGUUCCCCGAUGUGGGCAAUAACGCAGCAGUCAUCAGCCUCCCGAAUGGGCCUGUGGUCGAAGGGGACGUGAAGGUCAUGUUCGAAUCCAGUGCUGGUCUACCGAAAGGAUAUGAAGACGUCCCAUUCUACUUCUGGUUCAAUACCUCCUUCAUAGUGGAAAAUAAGCUGAUUUUAUCCAGGGAAGAGCUGGACAACCCGCACAAACCGAAGACGUGGGACCUUUACAAGGAAGACUUUGGUGUUUCGAUGUUCUUCUCGGACCCUGAAUAAAAGCCCUGAAUGCUUAUUAAAAGGAAAAUUGUUAGCACUUAGUGGUUUAUGGUGAGCAGAGGGUUAAAUCUGCUAAUAGCCAAGUUGAUUACAUGGUUUUGGAUGAAAGGGAAGCGAAUCAUGCACUGAACCAAAUCAGGUACACUUGCUGUGUGAGUGUGGGUGACGUGUUCGUGUUGUAAAUCUCAAAGUACAGAAAUAAGUUAACGCCUUUUCAAUGAUUUACACUUCAGGAAUUUCUGUUUCCAAAAGGUUUGGCUGUCUUCAGUGCAGUCAGUGACUGAACUACUACACUAUUAAGUUAAUAUUUACAUCCGUUUUGACCUUUUCAUUGAUUGCUAAAAUCCUCCCUAUCAAGCCACUGCUGGAUGAUUAUUUAGGUGGACAGAGGAGGUUGGUGUGAAGCACAGAAAUGAUCCAAACUGUUUACCUGUGUACAAAAUUUGGGGUGAAACAUAAAGCAGUCUCUUCGUUGUAUCAGUUUCUGCUAAAUAUUUUUCAGCGAUUGUUUUUGAUGAAGAUUUUUUUUUUAAUCAGUCCAUUUGCUGUGAAUACUAACACUAAAAGGAAAUGUAAAUGUGAAUUUUGUAUUCAGCAGGACCUGAGGAGAAGGCUGGACAGAAAAUAAACAGUUAAAAUUGCUGAAAGUGCAUGUCUUUUUGACAUUUAAGAAUAUAUUUUUUUGUUUUUUUGUUCCAGUAUAG